CUAUGCCUGUUUCUAUUGGCAACGGUGUAGCAUUUAUUUCUUCCCCUUUACUAGAAAUUUCCGGAAAUCAAGGGCAGUUAACUAUAUAAUUUCAAGAUGGCUGCAACAGAAGAAGAUAACAGAACACUAGACGAGAAAAAGCUGUUUGAGCUUAUAGAAAAAGGUACAAAUGAAUCUGUCAUUGGCCAUGUUAAGUCCACUAAAGUCAAGAUUGAUUGCCUUGACCCUAAAGGGAUGACCCCCUUACAGCUGGCAGCUUUCCGAGGCAACAAAGAACUGUGUGAGUUUUUUCUGGCUAAUGGGGCGGAUGUCAACUCCAACUUUCAUGAAAACUCAUACUCAGCUCUCAUGUUUGCUGCCCUCUCAGGUAACAGGGAUGUGACAAGACUGAUGCUAGAAGCUGGAGCUAAUGUCAAUCAUAUCAACUCAGUCAACAGAACAGCUGCGCAGAUGGCUGCAUUUGUUGGACAGCAUCAGUGUGUUAGUACCAUCAACAACUUUUUUCCUAGAGACGAGAUAGACUACUAUACUAAACCACAAGGUUUAGAAAAAGAAGCCAAACUUCCCUUGUCUGUGGCGCCAGCACUGUGUACACUCAUCAACUCUACCAACCUUCACCCUGUCAAGAUUUCCAUGUAUUUACAAACCCACCAAGAACUCCUCACUGAAUCACGUAAAGUGUGUCUAGUCCUGUCGAGGCUGGUUGAGAAGAACAUGAAGUCACGUGACGUCAGCGACAUCUUGGCCAUCAAGUGCCACUUUUUCUCAACCGUCAUCAAACUGGCAGCUGAGUCGAGGGAGAAGGAUAAAGAGAAAUCUCUGAACAGCUGGUUCAAAUGUUUAUUGAAAGGCAGAGAGGAAGAUGGCUUCAUGGAGUUCCAGGAAAGGUUGGUGAGACAAGCCCUCAAGGAGUUUCCCUAUGUCAGCUCAGCCUUGCUGCAGCAGCUAGUCAGACAAAUUGCUCCAGUCAAGAUUGGCAAUGAACCAACAGCCAUAUCAGUACUCAUCUCUGGCAUAAAUGGCCAGCAGUUUGCCUGGGACUCAAGCGAAGGAUGUGACACCUGCUGGGAACCAAAGGCUGAGGCCAAGUGUGCCAAAUGUAAAAUGGUUGUAUACUGUAACAAAGAGUGCCAAAGACUGCACUGGCCCACACACAAAAAGUUCUGUGCCAAGUUGGCAGAGGACUACAGGAAACAGGAGUUAAGAAAACAACAGGAGGAAGAAGAGGAGAAGAAGAGGUUGGAGGAAAUGAAGAAAAUAAAAGAAAGUGAGGAGGCAGCCAAGAAGGAUGAAGAGGCGAGUGGUGAUAAUUCUGAAAAGACUGGAGGCGCAUCUGAAGAUUCUGCUACAACAGAUGUGAGCCCUGAGGUACUGGGUGGGGGUGACACCCCACCCACAACUGAUGUGGACCCAGUCACACAAGGUGGGGGUGGCGGCGACACUCCUCCCACAACACAGAAAGAUCAAGUUCAUCCUGAAGAUUCUAGCACCACUAAUGGAACAACAGAAAUUGAGAGCUGAUUUUAACUCCUACUUUUUAGUACUGAUUCUUCUUGACAUAAUUAUACUAAUGUAGCAUAAUGACUUCCAUCAAUCAUGUGACUUAAGUCAUCCUUUGUUUAGUGUCACAUCUAGAUGUCUGUGGCUAUUCCUUAAUGUUAUCUAAUGCUUGUAGUGUCAGCAUAGAGAUUCAGCACAUGUUAUAUUCCACACAGAAUCUUAAUGUUUACUUAUUUAGUUAAACUUUAAAUAUUUCUGAAUCACUGGGCAAGAAACUGUACUUUUUACAGUCUGGGCACCUACUUGAGAUAAUCUCAUUCAUACAUGCUUAUAGUGUAUGUAGAAGUUGAAACUUUCGACUUACAAUUCUAGGAUUAUUUUAAUGGAAUUCAAAGUAAAACUCCUCUGGUAAACUAUACUUGCCCAUUGUGAAUGGGUGUUAAACCUCAACUAGCAGUAUACUACCAAAGGGAUAUUACCUGCUAUUAAAGGCACAUAACUGUAUAUUAUUGGGUUGUUUCCCUUGCAUGAUCAUUUAAUAGUAAGUUAUACGACUAAUUAUUUUGUAUGUUGCCUGUGAGGGCUUUUGGUGCGAGUUGUGUGUGUGGCAUAGUGUGGAUGUAACAAUCUUUACACGGUGUGUUCAUGUGGAUUGUAUUGUGGAUAUAACAAUCUUUACACUGUGUUCACGUGUGGGUGGACUAAUUGUGUGCAUCUGUAGGACUGGUUAGGUCUGAUUUAUUCACUGCCAAAAACAUUCUCAUCUCUCCCAUAACAUUGUCCAUCUGAAACUACAUUUGUCAGUAUUGUGAUGUUUGACUGUCAGUGCCAUUUGUCAUGUCACAGCCAUUAUGUUUGUCUGAAGCAGAGUUGGUGUGAUGUCUGUCUCACUACCACUACCUAUACUGUUGAAGGUUUGAGUAGAUCUAAUGUAUGUAGCCGUGAGUUUGUUUUGUAAUGUACUCUCAUCCAAUAAAAUG